GAGACCUUGGCCUGGGCAAACAGAGGCUCUGAGGCCUGUGUGCAGGCCCGGCACCCACCUACCACUCCCAAAGGAUGUCCAUUGCUGAGGCCUCCCAAGUGGCUUGUGGGCAGAGCGAUGGAGGUGAUGGCGAGGAGGCAGAGCCGGAGGGGAUGUUCAAGGCCCCUGAAGACCCCAAGAGAAAAGUCCGAGACUACCUCCGCCUGGCUCCCCUGUGGUUGGCCCUGGUCGUGUUGGCUUCAGUGGGGGUCCUGCUCUGGUAUUUCCUAGGGUACAAGGCGGAGGUGACGGUCAGCCAGGUGUACUCAGGCAGCCUUCGCGUGCUCAAUCGCCACUUCUCCCAGGACCUUGCCCGCCGGGAGUCCAGUGCCUUCCGCAGUGAAACCGCCAAAGCUCAGAAGAUGCUCAAGGAGCUCAUUGCCAGCACCUGCCUCGGUUCUUACUACAACUCCAGCUCUGUCUACUCCUUUGGGGAGGGACCGCUCACCUGCUUCUUCUGGUUCAUCCUCCAAGUCCCAGAGCAGCGCCGGGCGAUGCUGAGCCCCGAGGUGGUGCGGGCCCUGAUGGUGGAGGAGCUGCUGUCCAUGGCCAACAGCUCGGCCCCUGCUCCCUACAGGGCCGAGUAUGAGGUGGACCCCGAGGGCCUGGUGAUCCUGGAAGCCAGUGUGAAAGACAUAGUGGCACUGAAUUCCACUCUGGGCUGCUACCGCUACAGCUACGUGGGUCAGGGCCAGGUCCUCCGGCUGAAGGGGCCCGACCCCUUGGCCUCCAGCUGCCUGUGGCACCUGCAGGGCCCCGAGGAUCUCAUGCUCAAACUCCGGCUCGAGUGGACGCUGGCCGACUGCCGGGACCGGCUGGCCAUGUACGACGUGGCCGGGCCCCUCGAGAGGAGGCUCAUCACCUCGGUCUAUGGCUGCAGUCGCCAGGAGCCUGUGGUGGAGGUCCUGGCCUCGGGUGCCGUCAUGGCGGUGGUCUGGAAGAAGGGUCUGCAUAGCUACUCCGACCCCUUCGUGCUCUCUGUGCAGCCUGUGGCUUUCCAGGCCUGCGAGGUGAACCUGACCCUGGAGGGCCGGCUGGAGCCGCAGGGUGUCCUCAGCACGCCGUACUUCCCCAGCUACUACUCGCCCAGCACCCACUGCUCCUGGCGCCUCACGGUGCCCUCCCUGGACUACGGCUUGGCCCUCUGGUUUGACGCCUAUGCGCUGCGGAGGCAGAAAUAUGAUAUGCCGUGCACCCAGGGCCAGUGGACCAUUCAGAACCGGAGACUGUGUGGCCUGCGCACCCUGCAGCCCUACGCUGAGAGGAUCCCCGUAGUGGCCACUGCCGGCAUCACCAUCAACUUCACAUCCCAGAUCUCCCUCACGGGGCCCGGCGUGCAGGUGCACUACAGCUUGUACAACCAGUCAGAUCCCUGCCCUGGAGAGUUCCUCUGCUCUGUGAAUGGACUCUGUGUGCCGGCCUGUGACGGGGUCAAGGACUGCCCCAACGGCCUGGAUGAGAGAAACUGUGUUUGCAGAGCCAUGUUCCAGUGCCAAGAGGACAGCACGUGCAUCUCACUGUCCAGGGUCUGUGACCGGCAGCCUGAUUGUCUCAAUGGGAGUGACGAAGAGCAGUGCCAGGAAGGGGUGCCUUGUGGGACCUUCACCUUCCAGUGUGAGGACCGCAGCUGCGUGAAGAAGCCCAACCCGCAGUGUGAUGGUCACCCUGACUGCAAGGACGGCUCGGACGAGCAGCACUGUGACUGUGGCCUCCAGGGCCCCUCCGGCCGCAUCGUGGGCGGGGCCGUGUCCUCAGAGGGUGAGUGGCCGUGGCAGGCCAGCCUCCAGGUUCGGGGCCGACACAUCUGCGGGGGGGCCCUCAUCGCCGACCGCUGGGUGAUCACAGCUGCCCACUGCUUCCAGGAGGACAGCAUGGCCUCCCCGGCGCUGUGGACCGUGUUCCUGGGCAAAGUGUGGCAGAGCUCGCGCUGGCCAGGCGAGGUAUCCUUCAAGGUUAGCCGCCUGCUCCUGCACCCGUACCACGAGGAGGACAGCCACGACUACGACGUGGCCCUGCUGCAGCUCGACCACCCCGUGGUGCGCUCGACAACUGUGCAUCCCGUCUGCCUGCCCGCGCGCUCCCACUUCUUUGAGCCGGGCCUGCACUGCUGGAUCACGGGCUGGGGCGCCCUGCGUGAGGGUGGCCCCACCAGCAACGGUCUGCAGAAGGUGGACGUGCAGCUGAUCCUGCAGGACCUGUGCAGCGAGGCCUACCGCUACCAGGUGACCCCCCGCAUGUUGUGUGCCGGCUACAGCCGGGGCAAGAAGGAUGCCUGCCAGGGUGACUCGGGCGGCCCGCUGGUGUGCAAGGAACCUAGUGGCCGCUGGUUCCUGGCGGGGCUGGUCAGCUGGGGUCUGGGCUGUGGCCGGCCCAACUAUUUUGGCGUCUACACCCGCAUCACAGGUGUGAUUGGCUGGAUCCAACAGGUGCUGACCUGAGGAGCUGCCCUCCUGCAGAGCAGGGGCCCACCUCUUGGACUCAGAGAGCCCAGGGCACCCACCAGGCAGGGGAGCAAGUGUUCUGAGGGUGGCAGGGCCCCGAGGGGACAGGAGGUGGUGUCUCUCCUGUUGCCCAACCUGUUGCCUGAUAUCUGCCCCAGUGAGGACACAAGGAGGGAGAAGGGCCAUCAGCUGGUGGUCCAGACUUCCCCCGAGGGCCUGGGAUGGUCACCAGGCCCAGCUGGGGGGUUUGCAUCCAGCCCGUCCCCUCCUGAUUCUCUCUUCUCCCUCCCCCUCCUCUGCUGCUGACUUUGGGGGGGAGGAGUUGAGUAGCGAUCACGUGGCUGCCGGGUCCCACCCCCCCGCCCCCGCCCCCGCCCCCACGCAGAGGCUGCUGGGACAGCAUCCUCUCCAGACAACAGAUUCCAGCCUUUGAAGCCCUCGGCCUAACUUGAGGGGUGGGGGAGGAAGGUGCCCCCACAGGAAGGGCCCUCAGAGCCCUGGAGACAGCCAAGUGGGCCAGCUGCCACUGCAAGCCAAAGGGUGCGGAGCCCUGGGUCCAGGGUCCUCCCACCCCUACCUGUCUCCCGGGCCUUCACUGCCCAUUCUCACCUGGAGGUGAGCUCAGCUGCCCUGUGGAAUAAAGCUGUCUGACCCCAGGUCCUGCUCUGGGGAUUGAAUGGGGCCCCGGGCACCCAUCUCAUGCCCUUGACUGAACAGACCCUGCUAUCUGCUCAGCUUCUUGGCUAAGUGUCCAGAAGGCCAAGGUGGGGUCAGUGGGGGCAGGGGUGGCCUCUAGGGCAGCCGCCUGGGUCCCGGGGGCAACCCCAGGAAGGCAAUGGUUUGGUGCCCCUCAGGUCAGCGUGCCAGCUGGGACAAGCGAUGUGCUCCUUUUGGAAGCUUGGAAGGAAACUGAGGGGCAGAGUCUCAAGAUCACACCAGGGAGGGGUCAGGAGUCAUGGAAGCCCUGUCUCCUGAUUCGCAGGCUACCACUUCCAUUCCAUCAUGACACUGCCUUUGCAUGCUGAGUCAUUUAUUCAGCAAGCAUCUCACAGGCUCCUACCAUGUGCCAAGUGCUGUGAUGGGGUCCCAGAGCGGCACAGAACUUGGCUCCUGAUCCAGGAGGCAUGGGGAUGAUGAUCCAGUGUGAUGGGGCUUCGGGGUAGCCUGUAACUCGGGAAGUCAGGGAAGGCUGCCUGGAGGAGCUGGGGUUCAAAGGUGGCCAGGGUGAGGAAGAGGAUUCCAGGCCGGGGAACAGCAUGUGCAAAAGCAGAGUCCCCAGAGUCAAUGCCCCUUAAGGGACACUAAGUUGUUUUUAGCUGCGGGGGUGGGGGGUGGGGGGGGCGGGGCACUGAAAAGGAAUUCGUGGGGAGGGGCAAACUGAGAUUAGAUGGCAAAGAGCUUGGAGCUGAACUAAGGACUUGACCCUGGGUGCUCAGGGGAGCCAUGGAAGGCUCUAGAGCAGGGAAGUGACACGUGAGUGGAUGAACAUUUUAGAACCACCACUGGCACCACCGUAAAGGAAGUGGGAGGCAGGGAGGCCAGGGAGGCGCCCACUGCAGAACUUCAGGGAGAAGCGGAUGGGGCUUGGUCGGAGCAGGGCGGUGCGAAUGGACACGGGGUUGAAGAACCUUCAUCGUUCUCCAGGUGCCUCAGUGGAUGGGGUGAGGUGAGGGAGGAGUCACUCACCCAGGACCACUCCCACCUGGGGCACCUGGGGAGGGAAAGGCUCUGGGAAGGUGUCAUGAACUUGGGGUGCCUCUGGGAGGGAGAUGUCCAGGAGCAUGUGGAGCUUGAGAAAGAGGUUUGGAGGAGGGAUUUCAGAGCCACCGUCCGCGGGAAGGUGGUCCAGGGAAGACCAAGGAGGUAGGGGAGACACACACUGCAGACGAGGGGUCCAGAAUAGGAGUCUGAGGGGCGUGGCCAGAGGCUGGAGGGGACCUGAGGGGGGUGGAGUCUUAGCAGCCAAGGCUGUGGCCUGAGUGGGAGGGGCUCGGGAGGGCCGCAGGGCCCGGCCCUGGUGGAGAUGAGGAAGAAGGAGGGGUGUCAAGUGUGGACAAGUCUUUCUUGGAGCCUAGCCAGGAGGAGAAGGAAGCGGGGCACCUCGGAAGGGCCUGGUCUCCAGAGGGUUUACAAAGGUGGACAGGGAGUGGCCAUCGCAUCUGUGUGUGGAGAGCCCUUGGCCUUGCGGGGUCCCGCCUGUGGAGAUGGAGCAGGUGGUGCAGACGCUGUGGGGGGGACAGCUUUGGGUGGGGGCAGCACUCCCCCCAGGUGGUCUCUCAGGGAUCUCAGAGGGGGAGCAGAACGCGGCAGGAGGCUGCUUUGCUAGAAUGCAAAUUCAUGGCCUUACCCCAGUCUUAAGUAGUUGGAGUUGGGGGGAGGGGAUAAUCUGUUCUUUUCACAAGGCUCCUGGUGACUCUUUUGCAAGCAAAGCUGGACACAAAAAGUGAGGUCAACUUCCGAGAGCCCCAGGGAAAGUGGUGAGGUCCCCCCAGACUGCUGAGUGGCUGGGGAGGGCCUCUGCCUAGGGGAUCCCUGCGUUGUAGAGAUGUUCCACCCCCCCCACAGUGCUAAGUUCCUGAGGGGGGGUAAGGGGGACCAGCAAGGUGAAGGAACUGGCCAAGUGGGGUGGGGGUGGGGUCCUGUUGGACUCUGAGAGAAGAUGGAGGGGAGCCUGGGGGGGGGGCGGUAUUUCCUAGGACUUGGGGCAAAGGGUGGAGGUGACCAGAAGGUACCACAGCAGGAAGCAGAAGGGGCAUCCUGGCGGUGAGGAUGGAGCAGAGGUGGCAUCCUGGCGGUGAGGAUGGAGCAGAGGUGGCAGGGUGAAGCCAGCAUGUGAAUGGUGAGGUGAGGCUGGGAAGUGGAGGGCAGGGAGCCAGGCUUAGGACCUGGUAUUCUGAUUCCCAGAAGACCCAUCCCCUACCCCUCAGCACCCCAGCUGAUCUAGGUCUGCCUGGAGGCCGGGAAGAGACCUGUGUGACUCCAGGGGGCGGGGCCUUAGAAGUCACCUGGUCCAACCCCUCACUUUGUUGAUGAGGAAACUGAGGUCCAGAGAGGGGCAGGUACUUUCCAGAGUUCACCCAGCAGGGCAGCGUUGGUACCCUCGGUGUCUGGCCACGGGACAGAGCACCCAGCCGUGACUCCUGCCCCCAGCACACAUGGCAGAGUGACCACAGGGCAGGGUCCCUGGGCUCAUCACCCUUGGGUUGUCUACCCCACC